GGGUGGACAGGCAGAGGGAGGAGGGCAUCGGAGGCUUUUAUGGAACGAGCAUAGAAUGUUAUCAGGAGGAGGAGGUCACCAACGCAAGUGCCAUGAUGGUCAACAACCGCUAAUAUCUGUUGAUGGAGUUCAUCAGUUACAUAUCUUCAUCUUCUUCUUGGCAUUGUUUCAUGUUAUUUACAGUGCCCUUACAAUGAUACUUGGAAGGGCAAAGAUUCGCAGGUGGAAAAAUUGGGAGCGUGAGGCUGAUGCAAUGGACCCGAACAGCGAACAAGCAAAAUUCAGGCUUACACACGAGACAUCUUUCGUGAAGGCUCACACUAGUUUCUGGACAAAAACACCUGUCCUCUUUUAUCUUGUAUGUUUCUUCCGACAGUUUUUUAGGUCUGUUGGCAAGUCUGACUAUUUAACUAUGCGCCAUGGAUUUAUCUCCGUUCAUUUAUCACCUGGAACAAAGUUUGAUUUUCAAAAGUAUAUCAAAAGGUCUUUAGAAGAUGACUUCAAGGUUAUAGUGGGAAUCAGUCCCGUCUUAUGGACUUCAGCAGUCAUCUAUCUGACUCUUAACGUUGAAGGAUGGCAAGCUAUGUUUUGGCUUUCAGUCCUGCCGCUAGUUGUAAUUUUAUUAGUUGGAACAAAGCUCCAAGCAAUUAUAUCGCAGAUGGCCAUCGAAAUCACGGAAAGACAUGCUGUAGUACAAGGCAUACCUUUAGUCCAAGUAUCUGACCGACAUUUUUGGUUUAGUUGGCCUCGUCUAGUUCUCCACCUCAUUCAUCUCACACUCUUUGAGAACGCGUUUGAGAUAACAUACUUCUUCUGGAUAUGGUACGAGUUCGGGUUGCAUUCUUGCUUUCAUAGUCACAUGAUUUUUCAGUAUCUGAGACUUUGCAUCGGGGUUGCAGUUUUGGUUUUAUGCAGCUAUAUUACGCUCCCAUUGUAUGCCCUGGUCACACAGAUGGGAUCAACCAUGAAGAAGUCUAUUUUUGAUGAGCAAACUAACAAAGCACUAAUGUCAUGGGCCAAACACGCAGCAAAGAAGAAGGUUGAUGGAAAGCCAGGACCAAUUGCUACUCAUAAUCCACACAGUCCGAGUGGUUCACCUCAAGAUUCCCCAUCUCAUCCACAUUCACGUAAAGUACAUGGUUUUCAGACAACCCCAUAGGAGAAACAGCUACAGUUGGUGCAAGUGUUGACACUCCUAUACCAAAUCCAUAAUCCAAUGAUAAAUAAAUUCCAACUCCGUGGUGGCUUACUAAUUACUACAACUCAUACGUUUUACUGACAGGAAUAGUAACGAGACAAAUAGCCUGUGACGCGCUGAUCUCAUUGGUUUUUCAGUAAAACCUUAUAAACAUCGACCCUGGAAGUACCAUUAGUUUUAGUUUUUUGUGUAUAUAACAGAGAAGCAUAGGAUCUUAGCACCUACUGCACAGGAAAAACAAUAAUUUACAGAGUAGUAUUUUGUUUUCAGUGGUUCUGUACAGCUGAUCUCUUUCAAUGUAACAAGUUGCAUUAUGCUUUAU